AUUUAUUUCCCUUGUCGGCUUACCUAGUUUUCGGUUAAAAUAACUAGGUACUUAGUACUUAUUACUACAAACAGAGCUUAGAUUUAUGGAAAAUAUUUAGGUAGGUAUUUGCUACUUAUUGUGACUACUAGUUAGGCGUUUGAGUCAGGCGAUAAUAUAUUUCUAAUGAUCUAAAUGACAUACCUAUUGAAAGAGAAUGCUCAUUAUAUUGAUAUUUUAUUCGACUGGUUGUUUAUUUGGUGAUUAACACCGGUUUAUCGUAUUUAUGGCGCAUCAUUAUUCCCGUGGAGAGUGGCAAAUCAGCUAAGCGGUGGGCGGGGCGGGGUGCGCGCGCGCCGCGUCUCGCACGGGAUCGCUCUAUCCUUGUUAUUAUGUAUUUUAUUCUGUUUUAACUCUCACUCCAGACGAACGUCUCGCGUCUGAUCCAUACCGUAUUAUUACCGGUGCGGUGCAAAAUCAAACCCAGUUAUGUCAAUAUGAUCAUUAAAAAGUUGUUUAGCUAUCAGCCGAUCGAUGUCGGUUUAGUGAACGAGUGAUCUAAUAGUAUUAUAUUUAUUAAUACAAUUAAUUUUUAAUACCUUUUAGCAAUUAUGUAUAUUAUUAAAUCAUUAAUUAUGCUACAGUUCUUUAUUGUUAUGUUUUUAUUAUACGUUAGUGAUGCAGUGCCCAACGUUAAGACUAACAACGAGCACUGCGCCGGGCGUGCCGCGUCGUGCGACGCGAACGCCGGGCCUCGUCGUGCAGUGUGCGGGACGGACGGACGGACGUACCAGACGCGCUGCCACCUCCUCAAAGCCCAGUGCUCGGGUGAACCCGUGGCGCUAGCCAGAAAAGGACCAUGUGCGGAGGGCCAAUCAUCCUGCCUGAUUGCGUUGCGCUAUGCCCUGAACGGGCAAGGCGGGCGCCGAGCCAACUUCGUGCCGCGCUGCCGCGCAGACGGCACCUACGCCGCCGUGCAGUGCGCAGCCGCGGGCGCCGGCGCCGCCGCGGGCUGCUGGUGCGUCACGCCCGACGGCAAGCCGCUCCAGGACACCACUGUCAGGAAUGGGAGACCUGAUUGUACCAAAACUGGUAAAUCGCACACCAGACGUCGGUCAUCGGUCCGAGGUCAACGGAAUAAAAGAAGUUGUUCCCGAUCAGACCGGGUGUUAUUCAACGCGAAUCUUAUAAAGAUAUUCAGCGUAGAGUAUGAGCGCGCUCGGUCGGGCUCGGGCUCGAUGGAGCCACGCUCCGUGGCAGACUGGAAAUUCGGGGAGCUCGACCGAGACAGGAGCGGGGCCUUGCAGAAGCCCGAGUACAGAGGACUGAGGAGGCUCAUCAAAAAAUUGGUGAAGCCGAAGCGCUGCGCACGCGCCUGGGCCCGCGGCUGCGACGCCGACGGCGACGGCGAGAUCGCGGCUACCGAGUGGGCCGCCUGCCUGCUCGAGAAUCCAGAACCGCCUGCACCGGAUUACGAGGAUAACGGAGCGGAAGCCGAACUCGACUAUGGGGAGGAAGAGCCGCCGCCGGACCCGAGCGCAGUUUUGCCGGGAAAUAUCAGGCAUUCAUUCGCGCCCGACGGCUCCGAAUCGGAAGCUCACCGAGAAGAUGAGGCCAACGACUGCCUCACGGACCGACAGGCCGUUCUGGACGAACAGAAGGCGGGCGCCGCGGCGCUGUACGUGCCCGAGUGUACGGGGGACGGCCGAUACGCGCGCGCGCAAUGCUACCGCUCCACCGGGUACUGCUGGUGCGUGCACCAGGACACCGGCAAGCCGAUCCCGGGCUCAUCCGUCAAGGACUUGCGGCCGGACUGCGACGCCGCGCCGCACCACGCUAGCCCCAUGAGAGGAUGUCCCGAACCAAUGAAGUCAAACUUCCUGCGAGACUUGAUGAGAUUUUUGAUUACAAAAAUGGCGGCAACCACGAAUGGAACAGGACCCGGGGAAAUCGUAAAAUGGGGGGCAUCAAAAGAAGAGCAAGCGGCCACAUGGACAUACGUGAUGCUAGACAAGGACAAAAACAAAGCCCUGGAACGACGGGAGUGGAAGUCGUUCCACCAGCUGAUCGCCAACAUGGAGCCCCUGCGGAGGUGCGGGCGCAAGCUUCCCCGCUACUGCGACAUCAACCACGACUCCAAGAUUACUAUAACUGAGUGGAUGGCCUGCUUGGAGGUCACGCAACUCCCACUGAGCCAAACGACGGAGCCAACUAAGGUUUCAAAUCCUAGAAGAAAAGGACCAAAUCCUCUUGAGUCAAUCCUGAAAGCAGAUGACUAAAAUUUAGGAAAGAGCUAUGGAUUUUACAAUAAAUGUUGCUAGCGUUGCUCGUGUUUAAACACAAGCUUUCACUAAAAGUAAUAAUCGAAAUGUACAGUCACGUAUUCCGCAGCUUAAUUUUUAACAAUGUUAAGAUAGGAACUACGUAAUUUUGCGGUUGGAACAUGGCUUCGACGUGACCGAGAAAUUAUCGGGCACGGCACAAGUCCUACAAGCCUAUUCAGCUUACACACUGUGACUUUUUGCAGUUCGUCAAAUUUUUGAAGCAGUACUAGACGUUAGGUGCCAGCGAUGAGACGAGUAGAACCAGGGUCAGUGUAUAAUGGUAGGCUAGCGCUAAAAACGUACCUACCUACUGUAGAAUGAAAAAGAAACAAACCUAGGGACUAUUGUUUGCAAGAUAUAAUGUCCUAUAAUAAGAGGUAAUAAUGGCUACUUCACACCACACUUGCGCGAUGAUAUAAAGAGGACAAGACGAAAAAUUUGCGGUUAGUGCUAGUGGUACGCUAAAAUACCCUGCAAAUUGUGUUAAAAGCAUGAAAAUUAGUAAGAUUUAUGUUUAGGCCAUUUGAAUCAAUUUGACACAUAGAACAUUUAAAAAAAAUUAAAAGGGAGAGGAGUUAUGACGUUAACAAUUUCUUCAGAAACCUAUCGUGUAUGGUAUUCAAUGAAAGGGUUUUUUAAGCCGAUUCUAAAAAUAUAUCACAUUAAUACCGUUCCGUAUUUUUUUUAAUUAAGUAGAAUAAUACUAAUUUUCAAAACAUCAAGUGUGAGCUUCUCCAGAUACAAUACCAUUUUUUUUUGUAAUAUUUGCAUCAUAUAUCCUCAUUCCUAACUGAACCCUAGCUCUAAAUAUUUACAUUAAGUUUUUUUUUGUUUUUCGUUUAUUUUUAAAUCAAUCUUACCGAUUUUCAUACUUUUAACACCAUCCGCAGCAUUUGACUGAAUUUCGGGGUGUACCGCUAGGACUAGGUUCUAAAGACGUGAAAUCAGUAAAAAAUCUAGGCGGACAUACAAAAAACGUUCAGUGACUCGAGUCUGAUCGUGCCAGUAGAUGAAACUGUCUUACAAUUGAAAUGUAGCUGCUAUAGUUUUUUUUUAUGAUUUUUUUACUGUUAAACAUAGUUUCAUGGUAUUUUUAAAUUAUACCCGAAGUAUUAUUUUAUUUGUUAAAUGUAAUAUAAUUUGACUUGAAUAUUUAAAAGUAUUAGCAUAUGUAUUACUGAAAUCUACACACUACUUAUAUCGUACGAAUAGAGUUAAAAGUGCCCAGAUAUUUCCAGGCACAUUGUCUACUU